AUGUCUGCUAAGCUACGAAGAGGGGUGGCCCUAAGUUAUAUAAACCCGGCGGUCCUCCGCCUCUGCCUCUUCCUUUCCAACUAUCCUUUGUGGGAGAAAGCGUUACGUUACUACGAUGAGACUUAUAAAGACCAGCGUGCUGCUCGCAUCGGCGGCGGUAGUCGUGGCGCAGACGUGCACUCUUCCGUCGACGUACCGCUGGACAUCGACUGGCCUGCUAGCGACCCCGAAGGCGGGUUGGGCAUCGCUCAAGGACUUCACCAAUGUCGUCUACAACGGCCAGCAUCUCGGUCGAAAUGGGGCUCGAUGGUCUUCGGCCUCUUCACGAACUGGUCUGACAUGGCCUCGGCGAGCCAGAACGCGAUGAAUUCCGCCACCGUUGCGCCCACCCUGUUCUACUUCGCCCCGAAGAGCAUCUGGGUGCUUGCCUAUCAAUGGGGCCCAACCGCAUUCUCCUACCGGACGUCAAGCGAUCCCACCAAUGCUAAUGGAUGGUCAUCGGCGCAGACACUCUUCUCCGGAACCAUCUCCGACUCCAGCACCGGCUGCAUCGACCAGACCGUCAUCGGCGACAGCACGACCAUGUACCUGUUCUUUGCAGGAGACAAUGGCAAGAUUUACCGGGCCAGUAUGCCCAUCGGGAAUUUCCCGGGCAGUUUCGGCACAUCAUCGACGGUUGUCAUGAGCGACUCGACCAACAACCUGUUCGAAGCAGUUCAGGUCUACACUGUCCAGGGCCAGAACAAAUACCUCAUGAUCGUCGAGGCGAUUGGAGCAAACGGGCGGUACUUGCGCUCAUUCACGGCCACCAGUCUGGGAGGUUCGUGGACACCGCAGUCCACCAGCGAGAGUGCGCCAUUCGCCGGCAAAGCCAACAGUGGCGCCACCUGGACCAAUGACAUCAGCCACGCCGAUCUAGUUCGCAGCAACGCUGACGAGACAAUGACGGUUGAUCCGUGCAACCUACAGUUGCUCUACCAGGGACGAGCCCCUAACUCCGGCGGCGAUUAUGGCACCCUACCUUACCGGCCUGGCUUGCUGACACUUCAGAACUGA